AUGUGUAGGGUAGCUCAAGACGCGUCCAUCCGUCUCGGAGAGAACAGCGAUUCCACCGCACGUGAUGGGAAAAGCAACGCAAUGGAGAAGUUUAGAGUCAACACCAACCCGCAAAGUCCACUGGAAGGAGGUGCAGGUGCAUCUUCAACAGCCCUAGCAAAUUUCAACGACCCAACAUCAACAAGAGAGACUCAGACAACCUACAAUGAAACCCCAAGAAACAACCCAGCAUUCCCAGUGGCAAGCACAUCGCAAUCAGCUGGAAACUCACCGAGCUACCCUUCUUCGCCAUGGCAGCAGGCAACAGGUCGAUCACCCACGGACUUGCCGAGCAACUCGAGCGCAUACACCGUAACUCACGACGCCUCAUCUCCGUAUGGUCCACCGCAAGAUCAUGUUCCUUCUCCCCGAUCACACCAGCCGUACAGUUCUGGAGAGUCAACGAAAUUUCCGCUUGAAGAUCCUCAAGAGGCAUGUUUGCUUCGAUACUUUGUCGAGGAGCUGUCACAUUGGGGAAUUCUCUACCAAGGCCAAUUAUUACCCAAACUCACACCUCACGACGCAGUAGAAUACACAUUAAAAUGCAUCCCCGCCCUCCGAGACUUCCACCUCAUCCAAGACGACGAAAAACUCGAGAGCAUCAUCGCCACAGCUGUUAUUCUCCGGCAGUUGGAAGAGAUCGACGACGAAGAAGACCAAGAGCAGGAGCGGAACCAAAGGCGGAACGCAAAACCUCAGGUUAAUUUCCUAGCCAUCAUAGACGCUGUUUUGAGAAGUCCACCGUCGAGGACCCUCUUUGGCCGACGAUCACUUAUCCAAGCGGCAUAUUGGAUGGCCGUUCGCCAGGAGCUGUACCACUCGUUUACAAAGCGUCAUCCACCAAAGAUGAUUCUAGAUCCGGAGUAUGGACAUGGCGCGUCAAAGGCGAAUAAAAUUGUUCUUCAUACGGCGCAGGUUGCGAAAUGGCGAUGGGCUGAUGGUUCAGAACAAGAAUGGCUACGACUCCAGAAGCAGGGCGAGGUUCUCGAGGAAGAAGCACUAAAAGAGUAUCAACCGUUCUAUGUACGGCCAGCUGACAGGUCGAAUGGAGAAAUCUUCCCGAUAAUCUGGUACUCCUCCGCGCUGGAGGUGACAACCAUGCAGCUCAGCAUCAUAGCGAAAAUGGUGCUAAUGGCAGAGAACCCCUUCCUCGGGGGAAAUUCAUCGACACGUGCGCAGUGGAGAGAAAUCGAAAAUCAGGUACGACAGAUGAUUCUGGAUCUGUGUGGGAUAAGUCUCUGCCAUCCGGGGUGCCCACCGGCUCUUGUGCACGCUGCGUUUGGGAUGGAGUUGUACGGGGACUUUUUCACGGAUCGGUAUGAGAGGAGGGCGCUGAGGGGUGUUGUUGAUAAGUUUCGAGAUGCGAGGGCGUGGCCGGUUCAGAACCUGUCCAAAAUGUUUGAAUGA